AUGGAUCAUCGCCUCGUGGCCGCUCUCCUCGUCCUCCUGGGCCUCCUCCUCUCCCCGGCGCCGGCAGCGGCGGCCGCGGGGGACGAGGAGCCCCUGAUCCGGCAGGUCGUCGGCGGCGCCGACCCCCUCGACAACGACCUGGAGCUCGACUCGCAGUUCCUCGGCUUCGUGCAGCGGUUCGGGAAGACCUACAGGGAUGCGGAGGAGCACGCGCACCGGCUCUCCGUCUUCAAGGCCAACCUCCGCCGCGCGCGCCGGCACCAGAUGCUCGACCCGUCCGCCGAGCACGGGGUCACCAAGUUCUCCGACCUCACCCCGGCCGAGUUCCGCCGGACCUUCCUGGGCCUCAAGACGACCCGGCGGUCGUUCCUGCGGGAGAUGGCCGAGUCGGCGCACGACGCGCCCGUCCUCCCCACCGACGGCCUCCCCGAGGACUUCGACUGGAGGGACCACGGCGCCGUCGGCCCCGUCAAGAACCAGGGUUCGUGCGGGUCGUGCUGGUCGUUCAGCGCGUCCGGGGCGUUGGAGGGAGCCAACUACCUGGCCACGGGCAAGAUGGAGGUGCUCUCCGAGCAGCAGCUGGUCGACUGCGACCAUGAGUGCGACCCAGCAGAACCUGAUUCAUGCGAUGCUGGAUGCAAUGGUGGGUUGAUGACUUCAGCCUUUAGCUAUCUGUUGAAAUCUGGUGGCCUUGAGAGAGAAAAGGAUUACCCUUACACCGGGAAGGACGGUACCUGCAAAUUUGAGAAGUCCAAGAUUGCUGCUUCAGUUCAAAACUUCAGCGUUGUCGCUGUUGAUGAAGAACAGAUUGCUGCUAACCUUGUGAAAUAUGGACCGCUCUGUGCAGUCGGUAUCAACGCCGCAUACAUGCAGACAUACAUCGGCGGAGUGUCAUGCCCAUACAUCUGCGGCAGGCACCUCGACCACGGUGUCCUUCUCGUCGGCUACGGGGCGUCUGGCUUCGCGCCUUCCCGCUUCAAGGAGAAGCCCUACUGGAUCAUCAAGAACUCAUGGGGCGAGAACUGGGGGGACAAGGGUUACUACAAGAUCUGCAGGGGCUCGAACGUGCGCAACAAGUGUGGCGUCGACUCCAUGGUCUCCACGGUGUCCGCCACUCACGCCUCCAAGGACGAGUAG